GCAGAUGCAGCGCCGGCCGAGGACCACGAUGGCGGAGGAAGGCUCGGGCUGCACCCUGCGCCGCCCGCCCUGGGUGUCCAUCCUGCGGGUUGCUUUCCUGCUGUUUCUCAUCGGCAUGGUGAUAUAUUGCUUUCUCUGCAACCAGCGCCUCGCACAGCAGCAUCAGCUCGAAUCGCCUGGGUGGGACGUCGCUGAGCUCCAGCUGAAUCAUACAGGACCACGGCAGGACUUCAGGCUGCACUGGCAGGGCGGUCCGGCUCUGGGCCGCUCCUUCAUGCAUGGACCAGAGCUGGACAAUGGGCAGCUGCGUAUCCAGCGCACUGGCAUCUAUAGGCUGCACAUCCAGGUGACUCUGACCAACUGCUCCUCCUCCACAUGGACCAGCACGCUCCACAGGGCCACCCUGUCUGUGGGCAUCUGCUCCCCCACCACCCGCAGCAUCAGCCUGCUGCGUCUCAACUUCUACCGCAGUUGCACCGUCACCUCCCAGCGUCUGACGCCCUUGGCCCAUGGGGACACUCUCUGCACCAAUCUCACUCUACCGUGGCUGCCAUCCCGAAAUUCAGAUGAGACUUUUUUUGGGGUUCAGUGGGUGCACCCCUGACCAUUGUACCU